AUGAAGUUCUCAGCAUUCAUUGUCGGUACAGCCCUGCUCGCAACAUCUGUAGUCGCAGCGCCCCUUACCUCGCAACGCCAGGCACGCCAGGAAAGUCGCCGAGUUGCCAGAGCUGCGGGUCGUUCCAGUCAUCCACCCUACAAACCAGGUACAUCUGAAGUGCUACACUUGAAUGAGACAUCUCACGCAGAGUAUAGCACCAACUGGGCCGGCGCUGUGUUGAUUGGCACCGGAUAUACGUCCGUGACUGCGGAAUUUACAGUCCCGAAACCCAAACUUCCUACCGGUGCCUCCUCAAGCAGCCAGUAUUGUGCCUCUGCGUGGGUCGGAAUCGAUGGCGAUACCUGCACCACGGCCAUUCUGCAGACUGGCAUUGACUUUUGCAUCCAAGGGAGUACCGUGUCGUACGAUGCGUGGUACGAAUGGUAUCCUGACUACGCCUAUGACUUUUCUGGCAUCUCAAUCUCGGCUGGAAAUGUGAUUAAAAUUACCGUCGAUGCUUCCUCCAAGACCACUGGUACUGCCACCGUCCAGAAUGUAUCCACUGGAAAAUCUGUCACCCAUACUUUCAGCGGUGGCGUUGACGGUGAUCUCUGCGAGUACAAUGCUGAAUGGAUCGUGGAGGACUUCGAAAGCAACAGUUCUUUGGUGCCUUUUGCCAACUUUGGUACUGUGACAUUCGAAAAUGCCGAAGCCACGAGCGGUAAAAGUACCGUUGGGCCCUCUGGUGCUACCAUCAUCAAUAUCAAACAGAGCAACUCGGUUCUGACGUCGUCGUCCGUGUCCGGCAACAGUGUCACUGUUGAAUACAUUUAG